GUGGCCGCCGGGAUAGUGGAGGGUAGUUUCAGUCCUCCGGCCUCUUCAGUCUUUCCGCUGGCUAACUGGCCGCGUUUUCGCUCGUUCGCUCCCUCCCCCUCCUCCCCUUCUCUCUCUCUCUUUCUCUGCCUCUCCACACCGCUUACGGUUGCUUUGUCGGGGGUUUCUGGUGAGAUCUCUGCUGUGUGACAUGGCUCGAUGAUCGAGGAGGGAAUGUGUGCCAGGAAAGAGGCCGGCCUCCUGCUCCUGCCCUUGUUUGAGACUGAGGGACCGUCCCAAGCAGCACUCUCCACUAUACCAGGACAGAAUUGCAAGAAUACCAAAUCUCAGAGGAGUUCAAUUUUUAUACUACAUGAGAAGAGGAUGCUGUUUGGCUGCCGUGCUGACACUGUGUUACAGAGGAGGAUGGGAAAGAGGCGGUGCCUUCAAGUAGAGCCAACGCUCGAGCAGAAGAUAGCAGCGGGCUGCUGCGGAGUGAAGAAGCCCAAAUUAUCGGGCAGCAAUGUGCACAACCAGCUGAACCACGCUGGCACGGGUCUAGGCUGUGGCUCGGUGCCUGGCCUGCAGUCUGGAACAGCCCUGGGGAAUCACCACAACCACAGCCAGAACCACAGUUACAGCCAGAACCAUUGCGAGAGGAACAACCGGGAGAGCAAUGGGAACCUGAACUCCUUGAACUCUGCACUCAGUCCUGUGACUGGGCUGACCACAGUGGGAAACCGUUCGAAUGGAACUGGGCUCACUGGAACCAGUGGAGUGAAUGUGAGGAACUUGGUGGUGACCGCAGAGAUGUGCUGCUACUGCUUUGAUGUGUUGUACUGUCAUCUGUACGGAUUCCCACUGCCCCGAUCUCCCAGGUUCACCAAUGACCCAUACCCAUUGUUUGUAACAUGGAAGAUGGGCCGAGAUAAACGUUUGAGAGGCUGCAUUGGGACCUUCUCUGCCAUGAACCUCCAUUCAGGACUCAGGGAAUACACGCUUACCAGUGCCCUUAAAGACAGCCGCUUCCCCCCGCUGACUCGUGAGGAACUUCCCAAACUCUUCUGCUCUGUUUCGCUGCUCACUAAUUUCGAAGAUGCCAGUGAUUACCUGGACUGGGAGGUGGGAGUGCAUGGGAUUCGAAUAGAGUUUGUGAAUGAAAAGGGAGCAAAACGCACUGCAACAUAUUUACCGGAAGUGGCCAAGGAACAGGACUGGGACCAGAUUCAAACCAUAGACUCUCUUCUGCGAAAAGGAGGUUACAAAGCUCCAAUCACAAAUGAAUUCAGGAAAGCAAUCAAGCUCACCAGAGAAUUGAACAGGAGGAGAAAACAGCAUGGAAGCAGAAAUGGAAAUAACGUUUGUGGGAUCGUGUUUCAAAUAAUGACUGAAAAAGGUACCGCAGUGAGAAAGUAACAAUCAGCUACACUGAGUACAUGGCAUCUCGACAGCACUACUUCCAGAAUGGCACUCUCCAUGCCCCACCUCUCUACAAUCAUUACUCCUGACAACAGGCUGCACGACCAAUCACGGGACUCCACCUACGACCUCAUCGGGGGUGAUGCCUCCACUUCCUGGUCUAGUUACUUUUACUACUGCACUAUUUUAUGAUGCUAGCUUCCGUUGCCAAGCAAGCCUUCGGUCAGCGCUACCUCAGACAGACUUGGCAACGGAAUGCUGCAGUGAAACAGUAGAAUAUUGUUGGGGAAUGGGGAGGGAUUUCUAACAAAUCUUGUUUCUGUUUCUAUACUUGUUUACCUAUGUUUGCCUUACUUUGGUAACUUGCAGGACUCCAAAUAUGAACUGCAGGUUUUAGUACUGAAACCAUUCAUGUGUGUAGGGUGCUCAGGCUCUUUGAUAAUGGACGACGUUUCCACUAAAUUACUAUUUUCAGUCGUGUCUCCCGAUGUCACAGGGCUUACAGUUGUCAUGUGAGCCAUAAUUCCUCAAAACGCAGGUGAAAGUAGAGGAAAAUUCCAAAAUCCUAUGUAACAAACAUUGAGUUUGACAUUGGUCUGCCAACAUAGUGCAACUGAAAAUAGGGUCAGGACCGAAACGUUUUCACAUGUUAUUUACAAAGUCUUGUCGUUUCUCCCCCUCUCCCCCACCCCCGUGACACAAGUAUUAACUCGAAACAAAUAACAGGAUUUCAAGCUGACACGUUGUGCAUGAUUGCCAAGUGCCCAAUGGCAAGUAUCUGCAGGACAUGCAGAAACCAAGUGUAGAUGCUGGAUUUCUCUGCACAUUGUACUAGAGUAUAGCACAGUCCCAAAUCCAGCAGUCACUCUGGCAAUAAUCCGGUUAUCUUUUAAUCAAAGGUAUUGGAGGGGCACUAAGAUCUAAUAAGCUUUUCUUUUUUUUUUGGCCUCAUUUGCUACUUGUAUAUCUAUGGCCCAAACGUACACAUUUUGUGAAUGA